AUGUUGUACACUUCGGGAAAGCUUCUGGAGAAGCUGAUAAAGUCACGCUUGGAGGCGGUUAUUCCGGAGGGCGAAGAUCUGUCACUUAGACAUUGCGGUUUUAGAAGAGGACGCUCCACUAUCUAUGCAGUUCAAGAGAGAGUGCACAUAAUUAACAUAGCCCAAAGUGAAAACCACUAUUCAAGAAAGGUCGUCCUCUUAGCAACUUUGGACGUGAAAACCACCUUUGACACUGUCAAGUGGGCCGACAUGAUCGAAUCCCUUAAGAAUUUUAGGGUACCAGAGUAUCUCUUACGGAUGAUAGAGAGCUACCUGAAGGACAUUGUUCUCGAUUGCGAGACGAGAGGAACCAGAAGGAAAGUCAUAACGACUGGUGCCACUCACAGUUCAAUCUUGGGACCAGAUCUCUGA